AUGGCCACCGAGAUCGAACUGCAACCGCUUACUUCCCUUGAAGCUUCGUCGUAUUACAUACCGGCACACGGCAGAGUUCCGAAUUCAUCCGCUCAGAACAAGCCGUUGUUGAUCUAUCGCAACUGCAUUCGUGCAUGGGCCUCGCCUGCUUCAAUAGAGCGGCAUCUAAAGACUGUGGGGGUAGUCGAACCGCAAUGGAGGUAUACCAUGUACAGCACGAGCCACUUCCACAGCACAACACACGAAGUUCUGUGCGUUUUCCAAGGGUCGGCAGAGCUAUUAUUUGGCGGCGAUGACAAUCCGGAGAAUGUUGAGACCACCGUCAAGGCUGGCGACGUGAUAAUUGUCCCGGCUGGUGUAGCGCAUCGGCUGAUUACGGACAGAGAAGGGAACUUUGAGAUGGUUGGCAGUUAUCCUCCAGGAGCGAGUUGGGAUAUGUGCUACGGGAAGCCAGGCGAGGAGCCUAAAGUCAGCCGUAUCAAGCAAAUAGAAUGGUUCAAGAGAGACCCGAUCUAUGGAAGCGAGGGGCCUGUUUUGGACAAUUGAACGUCUAUACGCCUCUCUCGAGUCGAGUCUCGGAGAGGGCCUAAGUCAUACUCAUCCUGAAGAACUGCAGCAUGACUCGGUCGACACACACUUCGUUGCAGCCUGUCCAUCAAUGCCUUAC